AUGUCUACUCUACAUAGAGAAUUAACGUUUUGUCCCGCUGGUCAUUCUGGUCAUACUUCUUAUGAUGAUCGUAGAUUGGAUUACAUAAAUAUCAAAAAUGGAACUUGUAAUAUGUGCACUAAAGAACAAUUUAUUAAAGAUUCUGGAACUUGGACUAGCGGGAAUGCUGACAUUGAUAAGAUUAUCCUAGAUUCUCAAAUAAAAGAUUUUUAUUAUAAUCUACAAUGGAUACCUUAUGAUAAUCUUCAUGAUAUCGAACACGUAGCUGAUAAUGAACAUUACACUAUGUGUUUUGCUGAAUUAAAAGAUUGUUUAAAAUAUGGUUGGGAUUUUGUCAAACAGCAUUGGUUGAUUGAUAAUGGUGGAAGUGUUGCUUUGAAGGAAUUAAAAGGUCAUAUAUAUGAUAUUUUGGAAUUUAUUAAAGGGAUUAAGAAUAUUAUUAAUAGUUCUAUGUGCAUUACUGAAUUUAAGGGAAUUUCAAAAAAUCCUUCUACACAAAACUACAUUAUUAUUAUAGAAUGGAAUUAUCCGUUUACCAUUUGUAGCUUUUUGGUUAAUAUUUUUCUAGAAGUUGAAUGGGAGAUAAAAAUAAAAUUACUACAUCAUAUAAUAGAAGGUCUUAAUCUUUUGCAUGAAAAUAACUUAAUUCAUGGUGAAUUACAUAGUCAAAAUAUUUUGAUGAGUAGUGGUGAACCGUAUCUAAAUUUGAUGUAUCGAUGCUGGAAUGGUGAUCCUUCUAAACGACCCAAGGUUCAUGAAUUAAUUAAUUUACUACAGGAUUUUGAUUAUUUAGAUGCUGAUGAUAAUAUAGAGAUAAUGAAUAGAUCUCAUACAAAGAAAUUACUUCGAUCUUUAAGUAAAGUCCAUCCUCAAUCCUGUUAUAUUGAUAGACGCAUUUUUACUCUUGAUGAAUUACAAGAUUCAUUAGAAGAUAUAAAAUUUGGAAAAUGUGCAGAUCCUAAUUUAUUAAAUUCUAAUAAACCAAUUGUUUAA